CAAUCAUCACCACCUCUCUCUCUAUCCUUCCAUAUAUCAAAUGACUUAGAAAUGAAUCACAAAUCUUGUUUUCCAAUUAGUUCCUUCGCUUUGGUGCUUGUUCUUUGAAGGAUUUAUCCCUUCUGGUUUUUGCCUCUUUAGCUUCCAUUUCUUCUGGUUCCAAACAGAAUCUGAUAUAUUUUGAAGGUGAAUUUUGCACGUUGCAGAGAAAAUGCCAGCUGAAGAAGUCUGGAAUCAAGAGGAGAGAAGAGAACGGAGAUUGGAUUUGGAGAUUUCAGAGGAUGAGAGGCGAAGAACAAAGAUUGGAUCUCUGAAGAAGAAGGCGAUUGUUGCCUCCGCAAAAUUCACUCAUUCUCUUCGCAAAAGAGGGAAACGAAGAGUUGGAGGCAGGGUCCCUUCUGUUUCGAUUGAAGAUGUCAGAGAUGCAGAGGAGGAGAGAUCAGUUUGUGCCUUUCGACAAGCUCUGAUAGCUCGGGAUCUUUUGCCUCCUCAACAUGAUGAUUACCAUAUGAUGCUAAGAUUUUUGAAGGCAAGGAAGUUUGACAUUGAGAAAACAAUCCAUAUGUGGGCUGCAAUGCUACAAUGGAGGAAAGACCAUGGGACUGAUUCCAUCUUUCAGGACUUCAAUUUUGAGGAAUUGGAAGAGGUGCUUCGGUAUUAUCCCCAAGGUUAUCAUGGGGUUGACAAGGAGGGAAGACCUGUUUACAUUGAACUGCUUGGCAAAGUUGAACCAAACAAGCUGAUGACUGUUACAACAAUUGACCGCUACUUAAAAUACCAUGUACAGGAGUUUGAGAGGGCAUUGUGUGAGAGGUUUCCAGCUUGUUCUAUUGCAGCGAGGAGGCACAUAAAUUCCACAACUACUAUAUUAGAUGUGCAUGGUGUGGGUUUGAAGAAUUUUAGCAAAGCUGCACGCGAUCUUGUUAACCGUAUGCAGAAAAUUGACACUGAUAAUUAUCCUGAGACAUUACAUCAGAUGUUCAUUGUAAACGCGGGCCAUGGAUUCAGAUUGCUCUGGAACUCCAUGAAAAGUUUUUUAGACCCGAGGACUACGGCAAAGAUACAUGUUCUAGGAAACAAGUACCAAUCUAAGCUGCUUGAAAUCAUUGACUCAAGCCAAUUGCCUGGUUUCCUUGGUGGGUCAUGCACUUGUCCAAAUGAAGGCGGGUGUCUUAGGUCUGAUAAAGGACCAUGGAACGAUCCUCAAAUAAUUAAGCUGGUGCGUUACGGGGAAGCAUCUUUCCUAAGGCAAAUUACAAAAGUAGCUAAUGAAGGGAAGAUAAAGUCCUAUAUUAAAUUUCAGUUAUUGAAGAAACAGGGCUUAAGUAGUGAAAUAUCUACUGCAGAGUCAGGAUCAGAUGAUGAUGUUGAUUCUCCUUCUAGGCCAAGUGGUUCUAUGUUCACGCGACCAUCUCUAGUUCAUGACGAAGUCAUAAGGGCCGAUAACGCUUUUCGACAUCACUGUGAUGCCCCAAUUUCUUUGUUUAAUAGAGUUGAGGAUGACUCAGGUCAAGGGUUGACCGCAAUGCCAUCUUGCAAUGAUGCACAUGGCAGGGUCAAUGCAUCACCAUCAUAUUCAGAAGGUGCUCCAAAAAGACAGGUUACACGGAGACAAUUUUCACAGAGAUUACUUCUGCAUAUAGCAGAACUGGUUGCAGGGUUCUUGGUGAAACUUCUAGCUGUUUUCCGUACUGUAUUUUGUAGUCUUGGGAGAGUAGUUCCUGAUGGCCAUAAUAAUACAAAUGCAAUGGUGCCCUCAUCCGACAAUUUCAAUGACAAUGUAUCCAUGGAAAGUAAUGGGAGUUCUGAUACUCUGCAAAUCUCGGAGGAAAAUUCUGUUCUUCCAUGCUUGGAGAGGCUACAGAGUUUGGAAGCAGUUGUUUCAGAACUAUGUCUAAAGCCUUUAAGACUCCCCCAAGAAAAAGAUGAUAUGCUGCUGGAUUCUUUGCAUCGUAUCAAAUGUAUAGAGUACGACUUAGCGAAGACGAAGAAGGCCUUGCAUGCAACAGCAUCAAAACAGAUGGACAUUGUGGAGUCAAUAACCACUUUGAAGGAAACAAGUGUGCAGAGAAGGACAUUUUGUUGGUUGAAUGAUCGUAAUUACAUUUUAGGGGGCAGUUGAAGGCCUGUUUUGUUAUCUGCAAUCUACAUCCCACUAUAUGACGGUGUAACUGCGAAUUACCCACUCACACACAUACCUGUAUAUGAUUGUGUCAUGAAGUACAGAUAAUAUUGGAAUAAUGAAGGGUGAAAUUGAGUGCUCAUUAGAGCUAUCUUGUGAUUCACCACACAUACCCACCGGAUUCCUUGCAAAGAGAAAGUGGUUCUCUGAUUCUCUGUUUACAUUCAUUUUCAUUUGUGGUGUUUCUAAACUACAUCAACAGCCAACAAGAUAUUCUAUAGGUGCAAGUGUACAUUCUUUCUACUUCACCGGCAUAUGAAUGAGGCCUUUGUUCUUUUUC